AGCCGCUUCGGCUUAGGGCGCCCCCGCCGCUUCUGGACUCCGUCGCUCCGCCCCCCGCGGCGGCACACUUCGAGCCGGCCUUUGCGAUGUGGCGCCUGGCGGGCGGCUCCUACCGCGUCGGCCUCGCCGCUGCGGCGCCGCUGGCCGCUGCCGCCGCGGGGCAGGCGCUGCCGUCGUGGCGACGGGCGCCGCCGGGUGGCGAGGCGCCCCAGAAGGAGCGGCGGAGCCAGCCUGUGCACAUCGCGUACUCCACCCCGUCGAGGUGCGAGCUGGAGAAGCCGGCCGAGUUCAAACGUAUCCUCGUCACCGGCGGCGCUGGCUUUCUGGGCUCGCACCUGUGCAGGAGGCUGCUGGCGCAGGGCCACGAGGUCAUGUGCCUUGACAACUACUUCACCAGCCAGCGCACCAACAUCUCCGAUCUGAUCGGCCACCCUCGCUUCGAGCUCAUUCGAUACGACGUCACGGAGCCAUUCUUCUGCGAGUGCGACCAGAUUUACAACAUGGCUUGCCCAGCGUCGCCAGUGCACUACCAGUUCAAUCCCAUCAAGACCACCAAAGUAUCAGUGCUUGGCGUGAUGAACAUGCUGGGGUUGGCCAAGCGCGUGAAAGCGCGCAUCCUGCAGGCUUCCACCAGCGAGGUCUACGGAGACCCGGAGGUGAGCCCCCAGACCGAGGCCUACUGGGGACACGUGAACACCAUCGGCGUCAGGUCGUGCUACGACGAGGGCAAGCGCGUCGCGGAGACGCUCUGCUUUGAUUACAUGCGGCAGCACAACGUUGACAUCAGGGUGGCGCGUAUUUUCAACACUUACGGUCCAGGUAUGCACCCGUAUGACGGCCGAGUGGUCACCAAUUUCAUCAUGCAGGCGCUACACAAUGAGGACAUCACACUCUACGGCGAUGGGCAGCAGACGCGGUCAUUCACUUUCGUGGACGACACUGUGGAUGGCCUGAUCAGGUUGAUGGAGCAGGAGAAGACUGUUGGGCCAAUGAACCUGGGCAACCCGAACGAGUUCACCGUGAGGCAGUUGGCCGAGUUGGUGAUCGAGCUCACGGGGAGCAAGAGUAAGAUAAUCCACCUGCCCCUGCCGGGGGACGACCCGAAGCAGCGCCGGCCAGACAUUACGCGCGCGAGGACGUUCAUGCAAUGGGAGCCGACGACGCAGCUCCGCGAGGGCCUCGUCAAGACGAUCGAGUACUUCAGGACCCUGGAUCUCCGGGCCUACAAGAAGCCGACGGACCACACGGCCCACAAGAACACCGACGCGGACGCCGCCAAGAAGUAGCCCGGCGCUCGAUCAGUUUUAUUUUCCAAACGUGUUCCGACAUGCUCUGCCCUCUGGCGGGCUCUCUCAUUCAGAGAAAUAUUGGGACCAACGCGACUACUGCAUUGUAGGCGCAGGAUCGAGGAGAAACUCAAUGGAAGGCAAAAAAAAUUGAAGACAGGGGUAGCGGAGUAGUCUGCGGAAGAGCGAGGGGCGUAUGUUAUACCUGCGCUGCGUUCGUAGGCUUCGACCAUAUCUGAGGUUAAUUUCAUCACCACCUCGAUCCCUCGUUCUUUUCCCCACCCUCCUCUCUGUCCACAUGAUCCUGAAGUGAUUCGCAAUUGCGGUCCAGAGGCUUUGAUGCCUCUAUGGGUAGUGGAUCGGCUAUGAUACCAACCUGUGCCGACCCCGUCCCGUUUUCCGGGACUUCGCAUCCCCCUUUGAUGGCAGGAUGGGAAGACGGUCCGCCAUCCCCGGCACUGCACGUACUGUGCCAGGUUCGUGGGGAUUUUGCUGAGUUCUAUGAGUGUCCCCUCCUCUCCCCUCCCCUCCCGCCCUUCCGUUUACGCGGCAGGUCCUGCGAUUGGGGAAGACAAGAA